GUGUCAGUCCGGUUGCCUACCUCGGGCGCUGCUGAGAGCCACCCUCGCUCGUGUGGCGGACUCGCGUCCUCCCCUCUCCCUUCUUUCUCGCACUCGUUCGUUAACUCGCUCGCUCGCUCGCUCGCUCUCUCUCUUUCUCUGUUUCUCUGUAUCUCUCGCGCGCGCAGAGACCAAAGCCGCUCGUUUAUAUCUUCCAACGGCAGCGGUAGCAGCAGUAUCAGCAGUAUAGCACCAGCAGCAGCACUACCAGUGAAAUCGUGCGCGUCUUCCUACGUUUCGAGUGUUUCGGUUCGAUCCUCUUCCUCUUCCUCUUUUUCUCAUUCUCUCUCUUUCUCUCUCUCUCUCUUUUUCUCUUUCUUUUUCUCUUUCUCGCUCUUUCUGUUUCUCCCUCUCUCUCUUUCUCUCUCUUUCUCUCUCUCUCUUUCUUUCUCUCUCUCUCUCUUUCUCUCUGCCUGCCACAAGAGUGCUUGCCAAAAGCAAAAUCCUCUCUUCGGUUUGUUCUCUUCUCGUGCUUGCUCGAUAGUGUAGUCAACCAGGUGUAUCGUAGCAAUAAGUGUUUCAUACUCGACAUGCUAUACGGUUGUUCUUAUCAGUGCUCCAACGACAGUAGGACGACGAGGACGACGACAACGAUAACGAGGAGAAGGAGGAUAAGGACGGUGAGGAGGACAAGCAGGAGGAGAAACGGAGAUUGCUCGUCGAAGAGGCUCGUCGUAGGAAGAAGGAGCGUGGGAGCUGAGAGCGCGCUUCGCCGCUGCUGAGAAAGUCCUCCUUCUCCUCCUCCUCGUCGCUUACGAGAGAGGAAAAGAAAGAGGAAGAGAGACUGACAAACAGAGAAAGAGAGAGAGAGAGAGAGAGAGAGAGAGAGAGAGAAAGGAAAACCGAAGAAGAAGAAAAAAGAAGAAGAAGAAGAAGAAUCGCGGUGGAGACGGCGAAUGCGAGCGAAACGACGCAAGCAGCCCGGCUUGAGCUGGCAUGAACGCCGAGGGAAACGACAACGGGCACGAGGACAACGUCAACGUAAACGACAACAAGAGAAAGAACAAAAACAACAGUGGGAACAAGAAAAACAAAAUAACGGAGAACGAGAAGAGCGGCUACCGUGAGGCUCGCGGCGAUGCUCAUAGACGUUACCUGACGAGCGCACUCGUGCGUACGAGCAAGUCGCGAUUUUCGUUAUCGACGCUCGAUCCCUCUGUCCGCGUCGCUGGUAUCACCGACGAUCAUCGUCAUCGACCUCACGGCGAACAACCCCACGCUCCUGCGCGCCGUUUUUGCGUCCUCUUACAUUCUUGUUAAGAUAUCGUCUUAUUUCGCUCGAUCAAGGUGAACUGCGGCAGCGUCAAUAGCUGUUUGAAGGGACAUUGGCUUCUCAUCCAAACAGAUUACGAUGAACAAGGAACCAUCGUAUUGGGGUAGAGGGUGCCUCGCGUGACACACGUCCUUCCUCGGUUCUUUUCCACCAGGAGACGGAGUGUCCGGGUCUCGUUCGGCCACGCUUCGUCUCCUCUCUUCUUCCUCUUCUUCUUUUUCUACUUCAACUCCAACUUCUAUUUCUAGUUCUAUUUCUACUACUCUUCGAGCACCAUCGUUAUCUUAAUCUUCUUCUUUUCCUUUCCUACUUUUUCAUCGUUGCCGUCAAUCUUAACUAUCUUUUUCCUUUUUUCUCUCAUCUCUCUCUCUCUCUCUCUCUCUCUCCCUCUUGUUUUGCCCGUUACGUUCGAAGCUACCCUUACGACGAGGACACGCGUACCAGGGAGGCACGAUAGUAUGACGGUGAUGCUGCUGCAACGUUCGGUCACCCCGCAGUCGACGCACCGCCAAAAGACAGCGAAGAAGGACUGCAGCGCGAAGCCGCCCUUUAUCUUCCUGCUGGACGAUCGUCAGGAGCACAGGCGAUCUAUAGACGCCUCCAUCAUCACGACCACUAACAACAACAACAACAACAACAACAACAACAACAACAUCAUCAUCAAUAAUUUCAACAACAAUUACGAAAACAAUUACACUCCCACGACCAAUAAUAACAACAACAACAACAAUAUCAACAACAACAACAACAACAACAACAAUUACGAGAGUGGGAACAAAAACAAUAUCGUGAAAAGAAGCGUCCGUAGAAGCAGCGGAAGCCGCGAGUACGCCGUCGAGGAGGCGCCGGCUUCGGUGACGUCUCAGAGACGCACCGCCGGUGGCCAGGACGUCGCGAUGCGAUAUUAUCGGAUCUGGAUUUACGCCUGUAACGGGGUGCUCUUCUUCAGCGCGGCUGCAUUCGCCGCGGUCGUAUCAAUGUCCAUUAUAUUCACCGGCGAUCCCAGAAGGCACGUAAUACCUGGAGUCCCAAGAGCCUUCGAUCCGACGGCCCUAUAUGCUUACCUCGCUUUGGGUACUCAACUGGGACUCGUUCAGUUACUCGGUUGCGUUGCCGUAAGAAGACUCAGCGCCAAAUUACUCAACGUCUAUUGGGUUCUACUCUUGGUCCUACUCUUCGGAGACAUCGUUAUCGGUAUCGUUUGGGUCGUCCGUUCCGAGGGAAUGAACGCUCAACUCAGGCCCAUGCUGAGGCUACGAUUACAGACGGAGUACGGUAAGGAGCCACGAUUCAGCGAGCAUUGGGAUCGACUGCAGAAGGAAUUCACGUGUUGCGGUGUAACAGGGCCGCGUGAUUUCGGAUCCCGUUGGCCGCAGACAUGUUGCGGGCCCAUCAUGAAUGUCAGCGACACCUGCCAGCAACCAUACUCGCGAGGAUGCGACGAAUCCUUGCUACGCUGGUUGAGAGAAACUUCCGAUCGCCUAUUCGUAUUUGGCUUUUGCGUCGUGGCCUUCACCAAACUCUGUUUCCUCGGUAUUCUACGAUACGAGAUACGUGAGAUGAUACAAAAGAUACGGAUGCUGCGCGAACCACCCCCACCGGCGACAACUUUUGCCCAGCCGCCAUUUUCGCAGGUGAUGUCGGAAGCCACUACCAAUAAUGGCAGCAUCGUUCGACGAACCACUCUGCCUAACGCCGUUACUCCUUCCGGAAACGCAUCGUUACUCUUGCAAACGGAGGAAUGCAAUACAGGCCGACAUCCUCUAUUAGCGAACAAUCUUCAAGAUGGUGGAGCCGAUAGCGACACGAACAGUCACUGUGCUUUGAUCUUAGAAGAGACAACGCCAACGUCGGCCAAUCACAAUUGCGGUACGCGCGAGAAGAGCAACGGUAACAAUAAUUACGAGAUGCGGGAGUUUAACAGAAGAUUGUUACUCUCGAACGGCGGUAGCCCAGGUACGCAAGGUGUCACAGCAGGUGGGCAAAGCAGGCGUACCUGACUAUGGAAGUGGUGGCGAAACACCUGGAACCAUCUUCUCUACAGGAGCAACCGGCCCGCCGAAGUACCAGUAUAUAAAUAAGCCUACGUAAUACACACCUAUACAUAAUAUACAUAUAUACAUAUAUAAAUAUAUCGAAGUUAUAUAGGGACUAUUACUUUCGUUUUUUAAAAGAGAUGAGCCGGAGGCUUACGAAUGGUGACGAUCGACGAACGAAAAGAACGAAGAAGAAAAGAAAGAAAGAAAGAAAGAAAGAAAGGAAGAAUGAAUGAAAAAAGAGAGAUAUAUAGAGACGGUGGUAGUAAAAGACGGUAACGUCUGAGUCUGAGUAAAAUCGUGAGAACUCUGGAAAAGCUCUCCGUUAUUAUCAGUGAUAUAUUGAGAUGGCGUUUUAUUUUUUUCUUUCUUUUGUUACUACUAGUGAAAGAAGAAACGACGGGAAAAACAAGUGACGUUUCUUGGAUAACGAAAAAAUCGUAGGCAUAACGCACGAUCGUUCUCGAUCGUCCUUAUUAUUUUUAUUCUCGCGUCUCGAGAAAAGAUCCUUUAUUUAUUCUCUAUGCCUCCUUCUCCGGUAGUCGGCUCUCACGGCCGUAUUGGUCUGGACGGUCUUUCUGUUUUACUCUGUGGAAAAUCUGUACCAUAAAUAUAUAGGUAUAUGCAUAUAUAUAUUUUAUAUAUAUAUCACACCUAACAUAUAUAAAUAUAUAUGUAUAUAUAUAUAUAUAUAUAUAUAUAUAUAUAUAUAUAUAUAUAUUUAAAUAAACGCCGACACGUUCGCGAUCGUUCCUCUUAUUCGCUGUUCCAUAGCCCUACAGAAAAGCCAGACCCUAUACGUGUUCUCUAUGAUGUACAUCGAACUAUACACACAUCACAUACAUACAUACAUAUACAUAUACACACACAGACAAACACAAGACACAAAAAAAGAAAUAUAACACGCAUACAUAACCACGCGAACUUACAGGCACGCACUAUUCGUGAACGGUAUAAAGUAAGUAAGUUGAUAUUUAUAACCAGAAAAAUGUUAUAUUUGGACUAGAGAUUAAACGUGAACGUGUAAAUAUGACGUCUUUGAAACGAUGCUUUUUCUUUUUAAUUAAUUAAUACGCGUGUCUAUUUCGUGAAAGAAACAGCUGGUAAUAGAGACCGAGAACGUGUUACGUACGAUCGAUUCGAAAAAAAAAAAUUGAUACCUUUCCAUCAUGUUCUUCUCCUUCUUCUUUUUCUUCUAUUAAUCCUUUUUCUUUUUCUUUUUAUUCGAUUCUUUAUACUUUAGUUUUUCUUCCGUGAGAAUGAAAGACGAUAGAGAUAAGAAAGAACAAAAAGGAACGGGUAUGUCGAUAAUCGUCGUACCUUUUUAAAUACCUGCCUCCAAAUAUCAUUAUAUAUGACAAAGUGAUACGAACGAAGCAGUGUCAGCGAGUUCAAGCGUUAUCUCUCACCGCAAUCUAAUGUAAUUCUUUGUAAAAGAAAGGACAAAAAAAAAUAGAAAAGAGAAAACAAGAAUUCAAGCUUCUUAGCACGUUUGUGUCUAACCAAAAAAGUAAAAAAAGAAAACAAGAAAAAAAAAGGAAAAGGAAAAAAGAACAAGAAAAGUCAACGAAAUUAACGUUUGGCUUCGUAAAAAACGAAAUGAAUCGAUGAAACGAAUUCUUUGAAUAAUAUCCUAUGUUAAUUAUUUGUUAUUUCGGACAAUCGUAGCGAAAUGUGACGAUCGACGAAUUUGACGAUAAGAAAAAAUUUCGAGGAAGAUUAAAGAAAAAAAAAGAGAGAGAGAGAGAGAGA